AUGUAUUAACAAUAUAAUUUAGAAUAAUCAAUAAGUUUGAAUUUAAUAGAUGAUACUAUUGAAUAAAGAGAUUUUUGUUAUUCAUUAUCAUUUAAUAAAGAUAAUUCACUUCUCAUAACAAACAACGAAAAUGAAAUAUUGAUAUGGAAUUUUAAGAAUGGUAAAAUGGAAUUAAAUUAAAGAGUUACAGAACACUCAAAAGAUGUGAAUUGUUUGUUAUUCAGUAAAAAGAAUAAUAAUUUUAUUUCUGGCUCAAAUGAUAAUUCUGUAAGGUGUUGGAAAUAGAUAACUGUAAAUAAAUGGAUAAGUAGUAAAGAGUUUGAACAUAUAGGUUAUGUUUAUUGCUUACUCUUAAAUCAGAAUGAAAAUUAAUUAAUAUCUGGAACCUUUUAUGGUUAAAUAAAUAUAUGGAAUAUUGAUUUUGAGAACAAAGAUAAUGAAUUAAAAUUGAUUUAAACUUUAGAUAAACAUAAUAAUACAGUAUAUAGUCUGAGUUUAAAUAAAUCUGAAACUCAAUUUAUUUCAUGUUCUAAAGAUUAAACAAUAGUUGUUUGGGGAUUAGGAGAGAACAAAUUGUGGGAAUUUUAAUAUAUUGUUAAAUAAUCAAACAUUGAUUUUGGAUGUAAAGUUCAUUUUAUGAAUAAUAAUUAAUUUAUUUGGGUUGAUGGAGGUUAGGAAAGUACAGAUUGUAUUUAUACAUUUGAAUAAAAAGAUGGAGUAUUCUAAGAAAUUCCUAAUGGAAAAGUAUAACUCAUAAAAAACUAAUCUUUUAAUGAUGUAUUUUCAUUUCCUAUCUAAUAUUAAGAAUAAGAAAAUAUUAUGAUUAUUAGACAUAAAACCCAUAUUUAUGUAAUUUAAAUUUAGAAAAAUGGUUAAUUGAAGAUUUGUGGCUAAUUAAAUUGUUAAACAAAUGUGAUAUUUGGUAUUUUAUCAAAUGAUGCAAAAUAUUUAGUCUUAAAAAGUAAUUUAAAUAAUAAAUACAUGAUAUAUGAAGUAAAAUAAUUAUGA